UCCGGCACGGGAGUUUCCACGGCGGCGGCAGCAGCAGCGAUGAAGACCUGGUAGAAGUAGCAGGAGGAAUGCUGGAUUUCUCCAUGGCGGAUGACGUCCCCCCUUUGGACAGAGACAUGGCGGAAGGUUUCUCCUCGUACAACGGCGGUGGGAUGAACGGGCCGAGGCAGGUGAUGGACUUCCUGCAGGAGCCGCUCCCGGGCGUGGGGACCUACGAAGAUUUCAACACCAUCGACUGGGUGCGGGAGAAGUCUCGGGACCGCGACCGGCACCGAGAGAUCGCCAGUAAAAGCAAGGAGUCCACCUGGGCAUUGGUGCACAGCGUCAGUGAUGCUUUCUCGGGAUGGCUAUUGAUGCUGCUCAUCGGCUUGUGGGCAGGAGCGCUGGCCGGCCUGAUCGACAUCACUGCCCACUGGAUGACGGACCUGAAGGAGGGGGUCUGCCUGAACGGCUUCUGGUACAACCACGAGCAUUGCUGCUGGAAUUCACCCCAGACCACCUUCCAGGACAGGGACAAGUGCCCCGAGUGGAGGACCUGGGCGCAGCUGCUGACCGGCAGAGAGGAGGGGGGAGCCCUGGGCUACGUCCUGAAUUACUUCCUCUACGUCCUCUGGGCGCUGCUCUUCUCCUUCCUGGCCGUCUCGCUUGUCCGGGGCUUUGCGCCGUACGCCUGCGGCUCAGGGAUCCCAGAGAUCAAAACGAUUCUCAGCGGCUUCAUCAUCCGAGGCUACCUGGGCAAGUGGACGCUGCUCAUCAAGACGGUUACCCUGGUGCUGGCCGUCUCGUCGGGCCUGAGCCUGGGCAAGGAGGGCCCCCUGGUUCACGUCGCCUGCUGCUGCGGCAACAUCCUUUGCCACCUCUUCACCAAGUACCGGAAGAACGAAGCCAAGCGCCGGGAAGUGUUGUCGGCAGCUGCAGCCGCCGGCGUAUCGGUGGCCUUUGGCGCUCCCAUUGGAGGUGUCCUGUUCAGUCUGGAAGAGGUGAGCUACUACUUCCCGCUUAAGACCCUCUGGCGCUCCUUCUUCGCCGCGCUGGUGGCGGCCUUCACCCUGCGCUCCAUCAACCCCUUCGGCAACAGCCGCCUGGUGCUCUUCUACGUGGAGUUCCACAGCCCCUGGCACCUGCUGGAGCUGGCGCCUUUCAUCCUGCUGGGCAUCUUUGGGGGCCUCUGGGGGGCCUUCUUCAUCCGCAGCAACAUCGCCUGGUGCAGGCGGCGUAAGACCACCAAGCUGGGCCGCUACCCGGUGCUGGAGGUGCUGGUGGUGACGGCGCUGACCGCCCUGCUGGCUUUCCCCAACAAGUACACCCGCAUGAGCACCAGCGAGCUGAUCUCGGAGCUCUUCAACGACUGCAGCCUCCUGGACUCCUCCCAGCUCUGCGACUACCUCAGCGCCCCCAACAGCACCCAGGGGGACGACCUGCCCGACCGGGCUGCUGGGCCGGGCCUCCACGUAGCCACUUGGCAGCUGAUGCUGGCUCUCCUGCUGAAGAUCUUCAUCACCAUCUUCACUUUCGGCAUGAAGGUGCCCUCCGGCCUCUUCAUCCCCAGCAUGGCGGUGGGGGCCAUUGCUGGCCGCUUGCUGGGCGUGGGCAUGGAGCAGCUGGCCUAUCACCAUCACGACUGGCUCAUCUUCAAGGGCUGGUGCAGCCCUGGCGCCGACUGCAUCACGCCUGGCCUCUACGCCAUGGUGGGGGCUGCCGCCUGUCUGGGUGGAGUGACACGCAUGACCGUCUCCCUGGUGGUCAUCAUGUUUGAGCUCACGGGAGGGCUGGAGUACAUCGUGCCCCUGAUGGCGGCCGCCAUGACCAGCAAGUGGGUGGCCGAUGCCAUCGGCCGGGAGGGCAUCUACGACGCCCACAUCCGCCUGAACGGCUACCCGUUUCUGGAGGCCAAGGAGGAGUUCACCCACAAGACCCUGGCCAUGGACGUCAUGCGCCCCCGGCGUAGCGACCCCGCCUUGACGGUGCUGACGCAGGACACUAUGACGGUGGAGGACGUGGAGGCCAUCAUCAACGAGACCACCUACAGCGGCUACCCCGUGGUGGUGUCCAGGGAGUCUCAGCGCCUCGUGGGCUUUGUCCUCCGGCGAGACCUGGUCAUCUCCAUUGAAAAUGCCCGAAAGAAGCAAGAAGGGAUCGUCAGCAGUUCAGUUAUUUAUUUCACGGACCAUUGCCCCCCGCUGCCCCCCUGCUCCCCCUCCAUGCUCAAGCUGCGUGGAAUUCUUGACCUCAGCCCCUUCACUGUGACCGACCAAACCCCCAUGGAGAUCGUGGUGGACAUUUUCCGGAAACUGGGGUUACGUCAGUGCCUGGUCACACACAACGG